UAAAGUAAUCGGAUGAAAAAGAAAAAAAGAAAAAAGAAAAUGCCAAUACGACACAGGCAGUCCAUGGCAGUCCAUGCUACAUAGCGGUUUGUGACGGCUUUCCGAAGUUGUUUUCCGAUCAUCGUUCGGUGGUUUUCAGAGCGAUUCUCCAGGUAUGGGAAGUGUUGGGAAGAGUUACUCGGUGAAUCCGAAGGAUUACAAGCUUCUGGAAGAGGUCGGUCAUGGUGCGAGUGCGACCGUGCAUAGAGCGAUCUAUAUUCCUUUCAAUCAAGUUGUAGCCGUCAAGUGUUUGGAUCUCGAUCGCUGCAACAGCAAUCUGGAUGACAUUCGUAGGGAGGCACAAACAAUGAGUUUGAUAGAUCAUCCCAAUGUAAUUAGUGCAUAUUGCUCAUUUGUUGUUGACCAAAACCUUUGGGUGGUUAUGCCAUUCAUGGCUGAGGGUUCUUGUCUACACCUCAUGAAGAUUGCAUAUUCAGAUGGAUUUGAAGAGUCUGCCAUUGGUUCUAUCCUCAAAGAAACUCUCAAGGCUUUGGAGUACCUACAUCAACAUGGACAUAUUCAUCGCGAUGUUAAGGCUGGAAAUAUACUUCUUGAUAGUAAUGGGAUGGUAAAGGUGGCUGACUUUGGUGUUUCAGCUUGCAUGUUUGACAGAGGUGAUAGAAAACGCUCAAGAAAUACUUUUGUAGGAACUCCUUGCUGGAUGGCACCAGAGGUGCUGCAGCCAGGGAGUGGAUAUGAUUUCAAGGCUGACAUUUGGUCAUUUGGAAUUACUGCAUUGGAGUUGGCUCAUGGUCAUGCACCCUUUUCAAAGUACCCUCCAAUGAAGGUUCUCUUAAUGACUAUACAAAAUGCCCCUCCUGGACUUGAUUCCGACCGUGAUAAAAAGUUUUCUAAGUCUUUUAAAGAAAUGGUUGCAAUGUGCUUGGUGAAAGAUCAGACAAAGAGGCCAACUGCAGAAAAAUUGUUAAAACACUCCUUUUUCAAGCAGGCCAAGCCUCCAGAGCUUUCUGUAAAGAAACUCUUUGCUGACUUGCCACCACUGUGGAAUCGUGUGGAAGCCCUCCAGCGUAAAGAUGCUGCGCAACUAGCAUUGAAGAAAAUGCCUUCAGCAGAACAAGAAGCAAUAUCACAGAGUGAGUACCAGCGAGGUGUUAGCGCCUGGAACUUUGAUAUUGAGGAUUUGAAAGUCCAAGCAUCCUUGGUGGAACUGAUCCUGCUACAGGUCCAAGAUGAUGACGAAAUACAAGAAAUCAGGGAAGAAUAUGAAAGCAUGAAACCAGUUUUUAAUUAUAAGAAAGCAUCGAAUUCGAGAUUUAGUGUGGGGAAAUCAAUUUCCACAAAUGACAUUAUUUGCAGUGAACAAACUAGUGAUGAAUUUUCUUCAGCUGAGUGCUUGAGCAAUAAGGGAAAAGUUUCAGAAAGUGAUUUACUUGAGUCUGACUAUCAAGGGAAAAUAGAUCCGGAGAAAAAUGGAUCAAGAACUGAGCCGCUGCCAUCAACCUCAGAGAGGGAUAUUGUACUAGCCAAGAUUAAAACAUCAGCUAGCAAAAGCCGCCAGACUCAGAGUGGGCCACUCAUGCCUAGCAUUGUUCUAAAUCAUUCAGUAACAGAAAGGGGGCAUAUCUUUGAAAGGAGUGACCAUGAAAAUCAACCAUUAGUCGAAAAACCUCAUCGUGAGGUGCGAAAAGCACCCAGCUUUAGUGGUCCAUUGAAGCUUCCUAACCGAGCUUCAGCAAACAGUUUAUCGGCUCCCAUAAAAUCUUCAGGAGGGUUUAGAGAUUCUUUGGAGGACAAGUCAAAGACCAAUCUAGUGCAAAUAAAAGGACGGUUUUCUGUAACCUCAGAAAAUGUAGAUCUUGUAAAGGAUAUUCCAUUAUGUACAGUUCCUCGACUAUCUUCACAGGGUUCACCACUAAGGAAGUCUGCUAGUGUUGGAGACUGGAUAUUUGAGUCCAAACAAAUGCCCAUAGGUCAGUUACCUAAGGAAAUGUACAACAGUAAUUUACCUGCAUCAAUUCUCAUGCCCCACCUUCAGAACCUUUUCCACCAGACAUCAAUUCAACAGGAUCUCAUUAUGAAUUUGUUGAGUAGCUUACAACCAGCUGAGUUAGCAGAUGUUUCAGCUUCUCAAAAUGGACAGUUGCUCCCAUUACCUCACAGUUCAGAGAAUAACGGAAUUGUUGAAUCAGCUGUUUCUGAAAGGGAGCAUUUACUGCUUAUCAAGAUUUCUGAGCUUCAAGCUAGGAUGAUUACCCUGACUAGCGAGUUAACUUCUGAAAAACUGAAAUUCAUACAGUUGCAACAGCAGCUAAAUGCUGUGUCUGGUCGAGAAGAGGAUGGUGAUAGAAGAGAUGAGAAUGCUUGAAUGCCAACAAACAAACAAACAAAAAAAGCGAGAGAAAUUGAAGUGUAAAGUGAGACCACAUGUAUAUUCAGAAAGAAGUGGACCGCAUUUGUGUUUUCUGGAAUUUUUCCUUUCUUGAACCGUGAUGAAUAAGCAAAUGAGCCAAAUAAUCAGCAGAAGAAGGUACAAUUUCUUUUCAUUGCUUCAAACAGUCGCCGUGAAAAAGAAGAAAGUUGUGGGGGUGUUUGAUUUGUAUGUACAGAACCCAUAUGUAUCCUAUUUUAAGUUGUAACCAUAGAUCCAUAUCGUUAAACCAUUAUUUUGUGAAUAGGUAUUUAGUGGGAGGGUUUGUGCGUAUGCUCCGUGUCUCUCACUCGAGUUCUUGAACUUUCAUCUUUGCUAUGAUCAUCUUGGAAUCUUGAUUAGUGUCGGAGGGCUUUUCCAUCUUUUGGUGCUAAAGAGCUUUGUGGCAAGUAAUUUUUUGGCUAUUUUAAGAGUAGUCAAAUGUUUAUAUUAUUUUUGCAGCAUAAUAUUGUGGAA